GAUUAUUAAAUAUAGAAUUUGGGCACUAUUUUUAAUCUAACAGUAACAAACUAAAAAAUAAUAAACCGAGAAGGAGAGAAAUGGGUGGCAGAACCAUGCAUGUUGAUCUCCAAAUAAUCACCCGAAUUCAGACAUACUCUUCUCCUCUCUCCACUCAAUCUUCAGCUAAUAAUCUUAACCUCUUCAACCCACCAGUUACAGUUACCGUACCGGCCAUUAAUGGAAGUGGGUCUUCUUCUUCUUCAGCUUCUCAAUCUGUUUUUGGGCCUGUUCCAUCCCAAUCCGAAGUCCAAACUGCUAUCUCUCUUUUCCAAAUUUUUAUGCGUGGUGUAUCUUCACGCGGUUCAAACUCAAAAUGGCUCGUUGAGAUAUUGGAUGGUCCUAUACCGAGAAUAUUGUUGUCCUAUGGAAUUAGAAGACUUUACGAAGCCUUCCAUUUGUUGCAGACAGAUCCUUUUGUUAAGAAACUAGUGGUUUCACUAUCAUCUGAUAAAGCCCUAUGGGAUGCUAUUAUGAACAACGAGGUGGUUCGCAAGUUCAUAGAACCCUUAUGCUUAUUAGCUGAAAGUGAGAGGCAAAAUGUUACAAGCGAAGAAGAACCAAACAAGGCUCCUAUCACUAUUUUGAAAUGGAUAUGGGAUAUGAUAAAGGCAAAGGCUAUGGAAUUUAUAGGCCAAUUUCUGUCUCUGAAUGAGAUCAACGAUAAUCCUGUUGAAGAAAAGAAUAAUAAAGAGCAACUAGAAGACAAAGUUAGAUCUUCUUUGCUUCUUUCCAUUUUGAUCUUAUUAAUUGUGGUGGUUACUCGAGCUACUAAUUGAAAUAAUAAUUAAAGAACAGCGACAUUUCUUCUACUUCUACCAUGUGGUGACUAAUUUACAGGAACCAGCUGCUUGCUAGUUCAACAAGGCUGUAGAUUGUUUGGAGUCAACUACUGUAAUUUUACUGCACACACAUAUUCUUGGCUUAAUGAGGGAAAACCAAUGAAACUGAGGGUUUCAUUGACAUAUAUAUAUUAAUAUACAUUCUAUUUUUAUCAAACACAAACCCGCUUUCUCAUGAGCUGGAAUCAAUCCUUUGACAUUCCUGCUAUGCUAUAUAUAUAUAUAUCCUGUUCCUUUA